AGUUGUUGCCACGUACUCGGCUUUGUAAAUUUUAGUUUUGUGAAGACACACAAAGACCAAUGAACGGCAGGAACAUAGGAGAUCUCAGCAUGAAAUUGGUGGAUGUGGAUUGGUCACUAUCACCUGCAGCUUUGGACAUAGAAGAAGGAAACCUGGACCAUGGCGGCGGUGGAAACGCGGAAACAGUACUUUUUACAAACCCACUGACAGCGAACUCAAAGAACCCUGAUCUUGAAGCAGCGGAGGAUUUGAACGAGACAACGGUUAUCAGUAACGGAGUACACGGAGGUAACGGAGUACACGCAGAUAACGGGCCACAGUCUGACGUUGGGAUCGUUCUUACGGAGAAAUACCCUGACUAUUCAGAAAAGUCCCCUGAAAAGCAACAAGAAACUUAUCAGAACACUUCCAUUCACGUUUGGUCACCUUCAUCAGAGAUCGCCAUCAACAAAUCCACCGUGAAUCUGAUCGAAAAAUCUAAAACAGACCAGGGAGAGGACUCACUGGGGUCCCGUACUUAUAACGCCCUCAAAGAUACAGAAGAGGACCCAGGCCCCUUGGAAUGUCACAGUCUCAGUUACACUUCACGCAAGCUACUGCCCAUGAAGCACUAUCACGAUGAAGCACGUGCCAUGAAAGACAUCCAGAAAUUCCUGUCAAAUCCUAUUAUUCUUUUUAAACUGGAAAAGCACACAGUCCACGAUAUCAUACAGGAGAUGAUAACGAAGCUUGCAUCAGAGAAACCACGACUCAACUUGAAAUUAGAAAACAUUAUAUCGUCGCUGGUGGAGGAAAAUUCAGAUUACAAGCUUAUGGAGAUCAUGCAGGGCAUGAAAACGAAUGAGAAAGGUGAAAAUGAGACGGAACCUUCUUUUGUCACAAUCUUGUGUAGCAGCAAUGAGGUCACAGAGAAUCACGUGGUUAUGUGUUUGCUCCACAACACUAUUAACCUGGGUCCCGGAGCAGAGGAGAUCCAUUUUAUCGCCCUGGUGUUGAGCCCUCUUAAAGAGAAAAAGAUCAAGUGUGCAAUCGAAGUUUCUCGAACAUAUUCGACUCUGCUGGCAGAUGUCAAAUUGCGGCAACAACUCAAGGGGGCAACUAAUCCGACCGAAUUCGCCCACAUCUUCGAGUUGGAAGUUCACCGUAUCUACACAGAGCAACGCAACGGUGUGGAAAAGGCGCUGGAGUCUCGCCAGGAUUUGGGAGGGAACAGCAAGUGGUGUUUCGGAAACGAUCUUAUCAACGAUCUAAAACGGCGAGCUCCCCAUUACCUUUCAGAUUAUACAGACGGGCUGAACACGUGUGCUGGCAUACAGAAGAUCAUUUCAACCAUCAUGUUCCUUUUCUUCUCCCUCAUCAUUCCUUGUAUUGCAUUUGGAGUUCUCUUCAGUUCAUUAACCCAUGGUAUCAUCGAUGUUAGGAAAGUGAUUUUAUCGCAAGCCUUAGCUGGUUCAUUGUUUUCUAUAUUCGGUGGUCAACCUUUACUAGUUAUCCGUGCCACGAUACCUCUCACUAUUUUCACAAAAGUGAUUUACUCGAUCAGCGACGAGAAGGAAAUGGAUUUCCACACAUUUUACGCAAUGACUGGGUUGUGGACCAGCAUCUUUCUGGUAAUCAGUUCGCUAACCGGCAUAAGCAGUCUCAUGAAGUACUGUUCUCGAUCAACCGAAGAAAUAUUUGCGCUUUUUAUCUCCAUUGCCUUCACCGUGGACUCCAUCAAGUUUCUGGUGCAUGAAUUCGACUACAAUUUCUGCUUCGACUCCGUGGAAGACUGUAAUGUUCCUAAAGCCCUGCUCAGCCUCAUCCUCUUAGUAGGAACAGUACUGAUUGGAUGUGAGAUCUACAACUUCCGUUACUCCCCCUACCUCACCGCCGCCAAGAGAACCCUAUUGGCUGACUACGCCCUUCCAGUCGCCGUGCUUCUCAUGGCUUUUGCUGGUAGUUGGCUCUUCAGAAGAGUUGAGAUGGGAACCUUUGACGACAAAAAUCCCACAAGCUUUCAGUACACAGCUUGGGGAGAGGUGUCAGUUGGGAUGGUAUUGGGCAGCAUGGGUCUGGGUUCGCUGCAGAGCCUGCUCAUUUUUAUGGAUCAGAAUAUUGCUGCUAACAUUGUUAAUAAUCCUUCCAACAGGUUAAAAAAAGGACCUGCCUAUCACUGGGACCUGAUGGCUGUUGCAGUGAUAAACGUCGUCUUGGCCCUGUUUGGAUUACCACUGGUCCACGGCGCCCUGCCCCAUUCUCCACUACACGUCAGAGCGCUGGCAGAUAUUGAAGAGAAGUGUGAUCACGGACAUGUUAGAGAAAUUAUCGUCAGUGUCAGAGAAACUCGAGUAACCUCUCUAGUAUGCCACGUGCUUAUUUGGAUCUGCGCUUUGUUCCUCAUUCCCAAACCUCUGAACUAUAUCCCGAUCCCUGUCCUAUACGGUCUGUUCGUCUUCCUGGCUAUUGUGGCUCUUGACGAUAUUCAGCUUUGGGAGCGAAUGUUACUCAUAUUUACCGAACAGAACUCCUACCCUCCCACGAGUUACAUAAGAAAAGUACCCCAGAAAGCGGUCCACACUUUUACCAUUAUACAAGUGAUACAGCUUGCGGUUCUUUGCGCGAUUUCCUUCUCUGGCUCUCCUUAUCUGAAAAUGUUAUUCCCGGCUCUCCUCAUACUCAUGAUCCCCAUCAGAUCGAAAUUGGUCCCGAAGCUGAUCAAAGAGCAAUACCUGAAAGCCCUUGAUGGACACAUUUGAGGCAGUCACCAAUGUCCAUGCCCCAUGGUACAUACGACAGCCUUAAUUUUGCCGAUGCAGAAGACUUGAAUAAGAAAUGCCCACUUUUUAUUUCAGAUUUGACUUAUUGGUUUUUAAUAAGUGCUUUUGUGGGACAUUUUUAUGUUUCUU